AGGAACCACUGACUGGCGCUCAGUGAACCACUGCAAACCUGCGUCAUUUCCGUAACCAAUUGUCAAAACCACGUCCAAUUGUUACAAUCCUUACGGCGCAGUGGACUCCGAUCCGCACGCUCUGCCCCGAAUUAAUCACGCCCACUGCACAUGCAUAUCCGCUCAACGCCAUAGAUCUUUGCCCACCGUGGAUGCACCGCGGGACAAGAACGAGUUCGAACUCCUCGACCUACAGAGAGUACGCGUCGCCCACUUCGCAUCCUCCCUCGAGGACAAAGAACAGUGCGAGCAAGAGCGUGAGAGAGCAUCCCAGCGCCGGGAGAAGCUCUCUUGGCUUCUCCUGAAGAACGACAUGAAGUUCUCGCAUAGCUUGCAAUUCAACGCCGUUCCCGACUGGUCCAGCCACUACAUCGCAUACUCGAAUCUCAAGAAGCUCAUCUAUACGCUUGAGAGGCAGGUCCACCAGGCCAAAAAUGGGGUGGCGCAGGACACAGAGAGCAGCCCGCUGCUAAUGACGUCGGGAGGCGGCGUCGAUGCGGCAGCUGACGUGGACAGGACGUUCGCGAAUGCGUUGGACCAUGAGCUGGAGAAGAUCUGUUCCUUUUAUCAGCUAAAGGAGCUGGAAAUAUAUGGAGAGAUGGAUGCGCUGUUGCGGGACGAGGAGAAUUUCGAGCAGGAGUUGGAGGAGGAGGAGAGAGCGAUGAGAGAGAGCGAACACUCCGAAGGAAGGAGGGCAACAGUAACAGGAGCAUCGACAAGACCAAGGAGUGGCAGCACGUUCAAGAAUUUCUCGUUCCUGCCUGGCAAAAGAAGGAAGUCGAGUACGAUGAGCUCCCAAAGUGCCAAGGGUCAAGAGGACGAUGAGGAUGAUGACGACGAUGAAAGUGAUGAAGACGGCCCUAAUGAUGGAGAAACGAGGCCCUUAACCAGGAGGAGAACGACGACGGGGGCGGGCUAUAUGGCGGAAAGUCACGAAGAUUGGCGAAAUGAUGGUAGAAGCUCCAAACGAAGGACAAGCAUGGCAUUUGACGACUACAACGACAUGAGCUUUUCCGUGCUGUAUGACUCCGGUAUCAGCCUAAAGAAACGUAUUGUCAGCUUGUACGUCAGUCUGUGCGAGCUUCGAUCCUUCAUCCAACUGAAUCGCACGGGCUUCUCAAAGGUGCUUAAGAAGUAUGACAAAAUCCUCGACAGGAAGCUGAAGGACACGUACAUCAAAGAACACGUCGAGCCCGCCUAUCCGUUCCUCAAAUCUACGAUGCAAAGACUUGGGGCAAACAUUGAGCGCAUGGAGCAGGUUUACGCCAAUCUGGUCACUCAAGGCAAGGUCGAGGAGGCGAAGCGCGAACUAAGAUUGCAUCUGAGAGAGCAUGUCGUGUGGGAAAGGAACACUGUGUGGCGUGAAAUGAUAGGCAUCGAGCGCAAGACGCAGGCCGCAAAUCUCGGGUUGCGCCAGACGAUGUUGGGACAGGACGACCCGUCCAAGAGCCGUCUCGUAGGCGACGACGCCGAGGUCAGUAUGAAGGUCAUCUCCACCCCCGUCGGGAAAUAUUUCUGCCCACAGUGGCUCUUCACGCCAACACUGUACACGCUUGUCGUGAUAUUCGCGGUCUUCUUUGUCCUUCUGUUUGUUCCUAUCAUGGAACAGCCGGAGCAGCAGAACUGUCUCGCUAUGGUGGUGUUUAUCUCACUGCUCUGGGCUACCGAGGCCAUACCUCUUUUCGUCACGUCAAUGCUAGUCCCGUUCUUGGUUGUGGUACUUCGUGUGGUACGACUGGAUGAGCGGCCGCACACAAGGCUCGAAAGCAAGGCUGCCGCAAGCUAUAUCUUCUCUGCUAUGUGGACGCCUGUCAUUAUGCUGCUCUUGGGGGGUUUCACAAUUGCUGCAGCGCUGUCGAAGUACAACAUUGCGAAGAUGAUGGCGACCUUUGUUCUCAGCAAGGCAGGGACAAAGCCACGCACAGUCCUGCUCACGACCAUGUUCGUCGCCAUGUUCGCAAGCAUGUGGAUCAGCAACGUCGCUGCUCCUGUCCUCUGUUUCUCCAUCAUACAGCCCAUCUUGCGAAACCUCCCUAGCGAGUCGAACAUGUCCAAGGCCUUGCUUCUAGGGAUUGCACUUGCUUCCAACAUCGGUGGAGCAGCAUCGCCAAUAGCCUCGCCGCAGAAUCUCAUCGCUCUCCAGAACAUGUCGCCUGAACCAGGCUGGGGAACGUGGUUUUUCAUCGCCCUUCCAAUAUGUAUCAUUUCAAUCUUGCUCAUCUGGAUGCUUCUGCUGAUAACAUUGCAACCGGGCAAGGGCACAACAAUCAUCCCAAUCAGGCCGAUGAAAGACAAGUUUUCGGGCAUCCAGUGGUUCAUCAGCAUCACUACGAUCUUGACUAUCGCACUAUGGUGCGUCAGUCAUCAGCUGCAGCCCAUCUUCGGUGACAUGGGCGUUGUGGCCAUAAUUCCCAUUUUCCUCUUUUUUGGCACAGGUAUCCUCACAAAGGAAGAUUUUAACAACUUCCUCUGGACUAUCAUUAUCCUGGCAGCGGGCGGGCUUGCACUUGGCAAGGCGGUCAAUAGCUCGGGUCUGCUUCACACUGUCGCCGAGAGUAUCACGCACAGAGUCGAGGGCAUGAGCUUGUACGGCAUCCUGGUUGUUUUCACCUCACUCAUCCUCGUAGUAGCGACGUUCAUUAGUCAUACGGUUGCGGCACUCAUUUUUCUCCCUCUAGUUCAGCAGGUUGGUCAGGGAAUGAGCGAGCCGCAUCCAAAUCUCCUAGUAAUGGGCAGCGUGCUGAUGUGCUCUGCGGCAAUGGGUUUGCCAACCAGUGGAUUCCCCAAUAUGACGGCGAUCAUGAUGGAGGACAGUCAAACGGGACAACGGUACUUACAAGUCAAACAUUUCAUCACAAGGGGGGUACCGGCGAGUAUAUUGACGUUUGUGGUUGUGAUAACUGUCGGAUAUGCCUUGAUGCUGUUGGCACACUUUUAGACGACCAAUACAAUUGACGUUUUAGUCUGCAUGAUCGUUGAUCCCCGUUUUUCUGCGUCGGACAUUAUUUAUUUAUUUAUACAGUUCAUGAUUCUUUUCGUGAAAAUAAGAUCUUAAAAUUCCU